CUUACCUUGGGAGAAGACUAGGGCGCGCGAAAGGAGGUGGAUGGAGAAGGAGACCUUGCCUCGGGAAAAGGUUAGGGCACGCGAGAGGAGGCGGAUGGAGAAGGAGACCUUGCCUCAGGAGAAGGUUAGGGCGCGCGAGAGGAGUCUCCAGCAACAUCAGAGUUCAAGACAGAAUGCUACUACUGAUAACUCGAUGAAUCUUGGAAGUCAAGUAACUGCUAGCGGUAAUCCCCAUAUGCAGGUGUGGUCUCCGAGCCUGAAAAGCGAGAUGUGGCAGGAGAGGGCUCCGACGAUGCAUGGGAGGAAGAAGGAAUGGGGUUUAAUUAGUCAGCUAGCAAAAGGUAGAGGAAAGAAAACACAUCCUUUGCAGACUUGGAAGGUUUUCUUGCCCUUAUUGUACAUGAGAUCUCUGAUCGGCACAGAUAUACCAACCACAGUAUAAAUAAUGAAAAUCAAUUACUAAUUACGACUUUGUUUGUACGAGAGUAGGAUCAUAUUUUGGUUUGUGGAUGUAUUUAUGUCCUACAAGAAUACAACGAGGGUCGACUAAAAUUGAAGUGUUUGUGAAUCUCUACUGGUUUGUGAAACCCAUGAAGUUUUAAAAUUCAAGAGGUUUUACUAUGUUAGGGUGUUUUGAAGGGAUUGCUUUGUUAAACUCCUCCCAACUUCCACACCCACCCCCCCCCCCCCCCCCCCCACA